UAGCUUCAGUAUUUAGAAAUGGCGGAAGAUGAUCCAGCUUGGAAUGUGGACAUGGAAGUUAGUCUUUUCCAUGCAAUGAGGGGACACAAACCUGUCGGUGUGAACAGACACUUCCAGAUGCUAUUUAUCCAUGAAAAACUGAACAGUCCAAGCUACAGAAAGGUUUCAUCAAAACAGAUCUGGGCAUACCUUGCCACUCUUUAUGAUCUCCAAGCUUUGAAUGAGUCUGAGAUUCUCCCUUUUCCAAAUAAAAGCAAUGAAUUUUCCCUGCCAGAAGCAGAGUAUGGUGAUCUCAUGAACAAGGAACCAUCUAAAACGAGCGGAGGUAAAGAUACAGGAUCAGAAGAUGUACAAACAACAAAGAGUACAAGCAAGUCUUCGGCUUCAAGUACCCCUAUACUGACAGCAGCCACACCUGACUCACCCAAGAGGAAAAGAACUCGCCAGACACAUUCACAAACUAGUAGCCCUGCCACGGGAAGUGAGGGAACACCUUCAACUAAAAGAGCAAGGAGAAUAUGACUGCUGACCUUAAUAGGAAAUAGGUUAAGCACAAAAAAUGAAAAGCAAUUCCUAAAGAUAGGAUAGUGAUGAUGCCUCUAGAUCUUUUGGGAUGUCGACUGUCACCUUCCAAAGGUGGAGAGAGGGCUUGAAUGCCAUGGCAGCUCUCAGUUUACUUGAUAGUGGGCAGAGUCCAGUGGCGUGAGAUAGCAGUCAUUUGUUCAGUGCAUGGCUAUUU